UUAGUGCAACGAGACAGCAAAGGUGAAAAUGAAACGACCUCGUCAUCAGAAGUUGAAAACGAGAUCCCGACGGAAAGGAUGGUCAGAUCUCGUGGCCACGCCACGCAACAUGCAGAGCCAUCGCCCCGCCCCCGAAGACCACGUCCGAGAAGAAAGCAGAAGCACACGCGCCCAACCAACAACCAGGCCGCACGCGGCGGCGACGAGGACAACCGCCACCCGUGCGAGACGCUCGGCAUUCAUGUCCGUCCCCUCCGACGCCGGCCAGGAGACACCGCCCUCGGCGACCGAGGGCGGUCGGGCGCGCCUCCAGGACGAGCAGCUGGGCCAGCUCCGGGAGCUCUUCCUGCGCUUCGACCUCGACGGCGACGGCAGUCUCACCAAGCUCGAGAUAGCCGCGCUGCUCCGCUCGCUCGGUCUUCGCCCCGCCGCGGGGGACGAGAUCCACACCCUCAUCGCCUCCAUGGACGCCGACGGCAACGGCACCGUGGAGUUCGACGAACUAGCCUCUUCCCUCUCGCAGCUGCUCCUCGGGCCCGGCCGCCCCGCAGUCGCCGUCGACCACGAGCAGCUCGCCGAGGCCUUCCGCGCAUUCGACCGCGACGGCAAUGGAUACAUAUCCGCUGCCGAGCUCGCGCGCUCCAUGGCGCAAAUGGGGCACCCCAUCUGCUACGCUGAACUCACCGACAUGAUGCGCGAGGCCGACACCGACGGCGACGGCUCCAUCAGCUUUGAGGAGUUCACCGCCAUCAUGGCCAAGUCCGCCGUCGAAUUUCUCGGCCUCGCCGCGUUGUGAGCGAGGAUGAAGGGAUUCCUCCGCUCCCUCCGGUUUGAGCCACGGGGACUUGUCCUCUGUUUGUAAAUUAGCCCAUUCGCCCUUCUUUUUAUCAUUUCUGCAAAUAUAAUACGUACAAAUUUGAACCGCGUUGUAUUAAAUGUGUCAGUGUAAAUAGAUCUAAUGUUGCUAUAGUUAACAUUUGAUUUUGAUC